CUCCAUCAUCUGACGGCCUCCCACCCCCCCUCCAGUCUCUGGGAUUGUGUUUAAUAUGCACACGCUCAACAGUGUGUAGCCUGCAGAGCCAGUGUGUCUGUGUGUGUGCGUGGGUGUUUAUAUAUGUGUGCAUACUUGACGUGAAGAGAUGGGUUCUGUGGGAGCAGAACGCCGCAGGCCCACGCCGGCCCAGACGCCCGAAGAGAGGGAUGUGUGGCGGGAUGGAGGGAGAGCUGGAUGGAGGGAUGUGGGGAGGGAGGGCUGGAGGGAGGGGAGGGAGAGCAGCGUGGUGCAGAGCUACAGCUUCGAUUCGUACCAGCUGGAGGAGGAGGAGAUCAGCAAAGACGUCCCCGAGCGAGGAGUCCUGGCUCUGUCCGAACCUGAUUGUGAGGAGCAGAUCCCUGACGACCGUUACCAUGGCAUCUACUUUGCAAUGUUAUUGGCUGGAGUGGGUUUCCUGCUUCCCUACAACAGCUUCAUCACAGAUGUGGACUACCUGCACCAGAAGUUUAAAGGCACGUCCAUCGUGUUCGACAUGAGUCUCACGUACAUCAUCGUGGCUCUGUUGGCCGUUAUCCUCAACAACGUGCUGGUGGAGAGACUCAGCUUGCACACCAGAAUCACUGUGGGUUACAUCUUAGCUCUGGGGCCUCUGGUCUUCGUCAGCGUCUUUGACGUCUGGCUGGCAAAGUUCACCACCAGGCAGGCUUACAUCGUCAACCUUGUAUCAGUGGGAGUAGUAGCCUUCGGAUGUACAGUGCAGCAGUCCAGUUUCUAUGGUUACAUGGGGAUGCUGCCCAAGAGGUACACACAGGGAGUGAUGACUGGAGAGAGUACAGCCGGAGUGAUCAUCUCCCUGUCUCGCAUCUUCACCAAGCUGCUGAUCAAGGACGAAAGAAGGAACACGCUCAUCUUCUUCCUCGUCUCCAUCAGCAUGGAGAUGCUCUGCUUCCUGCUCCACCUGCUGGUCCGGCGCUCCAGAUUUGUCCGCUACUACACCGACCACGCCCAGGGCAAAGGCCCGGCCAAAGGUCACGACCCACGAGACAACGGGACUGGAUACAGGGUCCAUCAUGACGUCACUGCAGAGGAAGUAAGAUUU